GCGCGGCUCCGUUGCAAAUGCGGAAGUUAGAGAGACGCGGUGGAAAGGUAGACCUGACUUGAGCGUGUGCACCUGAGCAUCUACGAUUCCGAAAGGGAAGCGAGAGGGGACACUUUUCAGGACAGACCGGAAAAACGCGUGCCGGAAUUUGUAGCGACUUCCUUGGAAACGGGAAAAGAGGAUGUUACCCGAUCGAGACUUGUGAUUACGUUGCCUCGGUGACGCCGCGCUACUUGCGAGCAGGCCCUCCCCUGAUGGGGCUAUUAGUUAAUGCGCUCAAGUAUCGUAGGAGGCGUUCUCCUAUAAAUACUGUUCUCGUUCGCAAGGUGCAUCAUUUUAGAAACGUAUGUGAAAUAAUGUGAAAAGAUUUUGGCAAGACAUUUGGGCAAUUACAGAUAAAAGAACAAUGGCAACUUCUGAGGCGCUCUUCUCCUUUGGAGUCAUAGCAGAUAUUCAGUAUGCUGAUCUAGAGGACGGCUACGAUUUCUACAGAAUACAGAAGAGAUACUAUAAACAUAGCCUACGCCACCUCCAGAAUGCAGUUGAAAACUGGAAUGGAUCUGCGGUCCAGUUUGUUUUGCAGCUUGGAGACAUCAUUGAUGGUUGCAAUGCUCCUCAUAACAUGUCAGAGAGUGCUUUGGAAACAGUCAUGAAGGAAUUUAAGAAGCUUAGAGUCCCAGUGCAUCAUAUAUGGGGCAACCAUGAAUUCUACAACUUCAGCAGAGAUUAUCUAGUACAGUCAGCACUGAACACAAAGUACUUAGAAGACCAGACAUCACUUAGCAAUUCUAAUAGAGAUCAGAGCUCCACUAAAAUCACCCCUGCAGAAUUUUAUUAUGCAUAUCAGUUUUGCCCAAUGUCUAAAUUUCGAUUCAUUCUCCUUGAUACUUAUGAUUUAAGUAUUCUGGGGAGGGACAAGUCUACCAAAAAGUAUCAAGAAUCCCUACAUCUACUGCAAGAAAAAAACAAAAAUGAGAACCUGAAUAGUCCACUAGGGCUUGCCGAGUGUCAGUUUGUACAGUUCAAUGGAGGAUUCAGUCAAGACCAGUUGGACUGGGUUGAUGAAGUUCUUACAUAUGCUGAUAAAAAACAAGAGAGAGUUGUGAUUGUAGGGCACCUACCCAUUCAUCCGAAUUCUACAAACAGCAUCUGCCUUGCUUGGAAUUAUAAAGAUGCCCUCUCCGUGAUCCACUCACAUAAAUCUGUGGUGUGCUUUCUCGCAGGCCACCUGCAUUAUGGUGGCUACUGUUUGGAUUCUCAUGGAGUCCAUCAUCUUACUCUUGAAGGGAUCAUAGAAACUCCUCCAGAGAGUCAAGCUUUUGGAAGUAUAUAUGUCUAUAAUGACAGAAUGGUAUUAAAAGGAAGAGGAAGAGUUCCAGAUCGAGAGAUGCAUUUCAAAGAUAAUAACUGCUCUCUCUUUUGAAUUGUAAUAGGUUUUAUUGUUUGGCUAGGGAUUGAAUUACACAAUUUUUUUUAGUUAAAAUGUUUUAAAGCAUUGGUUUCAACAUUUGUUUUGACAGGCAGCAUAUAAAUCCAUAAAGAAAGAAAUGGGCCCCAAUACAAAGUAACACACUAUGGGUUGUGCUGCAAUAACUUUUUGUUUGAAGCUUAUUGCAGUACAUGAUACAGGCCUAGAACAGAGCUUUCAAAUGUAGGCCUUGCGAGCAAACUUAAUUGUCAGCUCUGUUCAGUGAUGUGAAGAGUGGAAGGUAAUCAAUUACUGUUAUAUCUGCAAACUUGAAAUUAAAGUAGCUGAGAAUUUUUAUUUGAGGGUUGAGCUUAAUGUGAUAUAGUUUUAAUUAUCAUAACUUUCAGCUUUGGUAUACUGCAGGUGAAGAACUGGCUAUUCAGUUGAAUCAGUAUGUGAAAUUCAGUAUGGAACUGUACCUUGGUUGCCCCCUUAAAAUUCAAUGGUAGGUUUCUCUGGAGAAGAACAACUCCAGUGACAAAUACUAUUUUUUCACACAGUCACCAAACAGGUUUUCAGUUAUGGCAAAACAAAAAUUAAAAUUAGAAAACUCUAACUUAACCACUUAGCAGAGGAAGAAAAGAGAGUUUCAAAACAUCUUACAUGGUCCGUUCUCUUAAAAAUGAGUUCUCAUAUUAUCUUUAUAUCCACUAAGAGCUUAAGCAUUUCUUAAGUUACAACAAACGUACUUUGAAUCACUCAUGAUCUUGCUAUGUUGCCUCGAUAUGGUUCAGUUGUACAUCAAAGCUGCUUCUGUGGUCUAUCAUUUAAAUGAGAGACUACACUACACUGGCCCUACAUCAAAACUCCCUUGACCAAUCCAGUGGAUCAGAUACUCAUUUAUAACUAUGUAAUGGAGACUACAUCUAGUGUAACCUUCUGUUAC